AGUGUUGAGAAAGCAGUAGCUAGGAGUAACGAGUGAGUGUCGGCAUUUAACGUUACCUGUCAAGAUACGGAGUAACAUUAGCAGCCUAACAUUGGGAUUAUUUCUAGUUUCGACUAGAAAACUGCAAUAUAUUAUCUUCAAGGUCCAGCCAUGAGUAUAAACGGGGCGGCGUGGAGGGGAGAGGGGGGAUUUAAAUUUCUCUUUCGUCCCAACAACUUCUUUUGAUUUGAAGUAAACCGUGCACCAGAGCAGAACCGACCUGUGUUUCUUUACAUUUGACUGAGAUAGAAGUUGUUCAUCGAUUACGGAACAGUAGAAUCUUAACACACGGGUUUGUUCGUUUUUGUUCAUACUUUUGGAGUAUUUUGGUUUUCCUGGAGAGCGGAGGUGGCGAGCUGAAAGCGGCUCACCGAGUCGGGACUGACCACUGGAGUUGGUCCUGAAAAUGGAGGGUGUUAUCGAGAAGGAAUGCAGCGCGCUCGGAGGACUCUUUCAAACUGUUAUCGGAGACAUGAAGAGCAGCUAUCCUAUUUGGGAGGACUUUAUCACCAAGGCCGGCAAACUGCAAUCGCAGCUCAGGGCGACGGUGGUUGCUGUGGCGGCUUUCCUGGAUGCCUUUCAAAAAGUGGCCGACCUGGCCACCAACUCACGAGGUGGGACCAAGGACAUUGGCUCAGCGUUGACCAGGAUGUGUAUGCGACAUCGCAGCAUAGAGGCUAAACUCAAACAGUUUUCUAUGGCCUUCCUGGAGGGUCUGAUCAACCCUCUACAAGAACAAGUGGAGGAGUGGAAAAGAGGAGUCAAUACUUUGGACAAGGACCAUGCUAAAGAGUAUAAAAGAGCCCGGCAGGAAAUAAAGAAGAAGUCUUCGGACACACUGAAACUUCAGAAGAAAGCAAAGAAAGCUGAUAAUCUAGGUCGUGGUGAUAUCCAACCCCAGUUGGACAGCGCCAUGCAGGAUGUCAGCGAUAAAUACAUUCUGCUGGAAGAGACCGAGAAACAGGCCCUGAGGAAGGCUCUUAUAGAGGACAGACAGAGGUUCUGCUGUUUCGUAGCCAUGCUGCGGCCUGUAGUGGAUGAGGAGAUUUCUAUGUUGGGAGAGGUCACCCAUCUCCAGGCUAUCUCGGAUGACCUUAAAGCCCUGACCUCUGACCCACACACACUUCCCCCUGCUAGUGAACAGGUGAUCUUGGACCUUAAGGGCUCAGACUACAGUUGGUCAUAUCAAACGCCGCCCUCGUCCCCCAGCACCACUAUGUCCAGGAAGUCUAGCAUGUGCAGUAGUCUGAACAGCGUUAACAGUAGUGACUCCAGGGGAUCCAGUGGCUCUCACUCUCAUUCUCCUUCCUCCUCUUCUUCCUCCUCUUCCUCCCACCACCUCCUCCACCACCAUCACCCCUACCAUCGGUACCGUAGCUCCACACUACCCCAGCAGGCCCCAGCCCGGCUCUCUAGCAUCUCCUCCCACGACUCAGGCUUCAUUUCUUCAUCCCACGAUCAAUACACAUCGUCCAAAUCCUCCCCGCCCAUGGCAGCUGAAACGAAGCCUUGUCCCAGUUCCAGGUCCUCUGAGGUAUCAGAGACUGGGCAGCUCCACAGUGACUGCAGCCCCCCCUCUCCUCUAGCUGCUGCUAGUGCUCCUCAGCACACUACUGACAAGUUGUCCAAUGGUUUUGACCACUACAGUCCAGCCAUUUCCCCCUACAUGCAUAGCACCGGGGGCUCAGGGUCAGACACUGCCUUUCCCUUCUUCCCUCCUUCCUCCUCAUCCUACAUCGCCUCGUCCUGCCCCACUCGUUCAUGGUCACGUCCUGCCUCAGCCUUGCUACCAGACCAACCUCACAACUGCUCGUUGGGCUCCCCCAUGGUGCCUUCAUCCCGAGUCCCCAGCUGGAAGGACUGGGCUAAGCCAGGCCCUUAUGACCAGCCCAUGGUCAACACACUGAGGAGGAAGAAAGACAAGGGGACCCCAGCUGUAGUGGACAGUAACGGUAGUGUGAGUAAUGAUAGCAGACCAUCCUCAGGCCCGCCCUCAAUGUCGACCUCAGCACCAGCUCCAAGUGCACUACAAACAUCGGCAUCAGUGGAGGAGAAGAACAGAACUGUGGGUGCGCCUUUUAAGGCUGGUGAUAUUGAGGCCCACGAGGAACUGGCUCUGGCCUUAUCCAGAGGUCUGGAGCUGGACACCCAGAGGUCCAGUAGAGACUCCAUCCAAUGUUCCAGUGGCUACAGCACGCAGACCAACACGCCCUGCUGCUCCGAAGACACAAUUCCUUCACAAGUAUCAGACUAUGACUAUUUCUCAAUGGCCGGAGAUCAGGAGCCUGAGCAGCAGCACUCUGACUUUGACAAGUCCUCCACCAUCCCCAGAAACAGUGACAUCAGUCAGUCCUACCGACUCAUGUUCCAGAGCAAACGGCCGGCCUCCACAGCCGGCCUGCCCAGCACACAGACUCCCUACCAUGGACAGGGAGCCUACCCUGCAGGGCCCUAUCCCCCCACACCUAUCCACACUGGGGCUUAUCCUCCUACCCCUACAGGCUCGUGUUCAGGUCAGGGAUUUUAUUCUGGAUCCAGCUCCCAUAAUUCCCCUGGCUCCUAUUCUACAGGCCACGGUCCAGUUAUUGUCACCCCUGGGGUUGCCACAAUCCGCCGCACGCCUUCUUCAAAACCUUCCGCCCGCCGGUCAGGCUCAGUUGUGGGCACAGGCCCCAUCCCAAUUCGUACGCCUGUCAUUCCGGUAAAAAUCCCUACGGUGCCCAAUAUGUCUGGAGCAGUUAAUGGGAGCCAGGGUGCAGAGGAGAUGGUUGGAGGAAGAGGAGAAGAAAGCCCAGAUUCUCCAACAUUUGCAGGAGGGGAGGAUGCUGGCACGCUGCCUGUGAUGUCCUGGAGUGGUCAGGCUACAACCAAUCCUCCCACUGUACCCCUGCCCAACCAGCAGCACCUUCACUGUGAGAUAGGCCAGGAAGGAGGAGCAGAGGAGGCAGGCGAAGAGUUAGAAGGCAACAUGCUGGUGGCCAUCCGCAAGGGGGUCAAGCUCAAGAGAACCCUCACCAACGACCGCUCCGCACCACGCAUCGCGUGAGGACAUGACACGCGUGACAACAUGUGAGCUCAUGUCCCAGAAGUGAGGCUCUCCCUUCAUUGUGUUUGUAAAUAAGGUCAAAGGCUAAUAGAAAUGAGAUGUACAGAAUCGAAAGGCGCCUUAUGCUAAUAUGAGAAAUGAAUGACACCAUGUAGCGUUUCUCAUUCUGUACAUUUUCACCUGUGAGAAUCCCUCACUGCAGAAGCCAUCUAUAAUGAUUCAAUGUAGAAAAUAUAAAGACAUGUUAUUGUUCAGGUUCAUAUUUUCUGAUUUGGCUUAUGAUGCCUCAGAAACUAUGUAAAGCCAGGUUUGUUGAAAUAUUGGUUUGGACCUAAAGUGGAUCACAGGACCACAUGUGGUAGAUCCUUGCGUAAGUCGAGUAACUAACGAGCCUUUACGGGUACAAGGAUAAGACCUAAGAAAUGAGGUCCUCAGAUAAAGGUUUUUGGCCUCAGCACUAAAAUGUUUUUGCAAAUCCGAGCCAACAGCUGUGUAAUGACAGUGUAAACAUGAGGAUAUUUUUGUUGAUAAAUAACAAAAGAAGAAAAGAGUAGCAUUACACAUUAAUAGGGCAGUAAUUACACACAUUUAUCUGGUGGUAUUCUUGAAGCAGAGUGUUGGGCAAGGACAUUGUGCCUGCCUUUUCUCAGUGUAAAAAGACAAAAAGUAUCAAAUGUGUAUAAUAGUAUAGUAUGUGUAAACUCUUAUUAUAUAGGGAGUGCAUUGUACCAGCGUGGGACAAGUAAGCAUUCUAACUGCCUAGUGACUUGGCAGAAGGAGCGCAAUAGCCAAUGCAAGUACUUCACAGCAUCAAGAGCAAUACUCAGUCGCACUAGAAAGCAAUGGCUCCAGCGGUCGGCUUUCGAUCGCACCAUUUGGCAUCCCCUGAAUUGCAUUAACUGCUUACUUGGAGGGACGCCCUGAUGGCUGUAGGAAGGUGCUGUGUUUUCAAUACUGUCAUCCCCUCACAGUUCAAAUACUUACAAAUGUGAGGUGUCCACAGAGCCAAUCACGGGCUGGGCUAUGACCAAUACAGAGAGAGCUCUUCAAGAAGCAAAUGAACUGGUUUUGUUUUGCAGCGGGAGUUUCAUCCAAGUCAAAGUUGUAAGAGACAACAAUGUGACUGAAGUGUCACAUGGUGACAUUAACAGACACUACAAGUUACGCCCUGUUUUAGUUGUGCUAGUAUUUACAUGAUUUGUAAAUAAUGUUGCACGUCUCUGUUGCUGAGGAGUGUGUUGGUGCUUCUCGCUCUCUGUAUUUCCUUCUUCCUUCCUUUCUGUGCCACAAUCACAAAGUUUCACAUCUUUAAUAUAAUUUAUAAUAAUCCUCAAAUACCUUUACCUUUGGAUGUGAAUUGGUUUUAUUUUUCAUAAUUUUUCCCAAUAUGGAUUUAUCAUUUAAUCUGCAAUAUCUACAUGCUGACCUUUGUAGAACUCCUCAGUGGUUUGUGUUUAUAUAUUAGCAAUUAUAUAUUAGCCCCUUCUUUUUCAUAGCAUUUUUUUAGCCAUACUGCAACCUGCUGCGCAUCCAUUGCUCAUAAUAUUACUAAUAAAUGUCAAAGUACAGAUGUGCCAUGUCAAAACUCAAUGUUAAAUGAAAUUUAUAUAUAUAUUAUUAAACUUUUUUUAGAAGUUAAUGAGGACAUACUUUUGAUCUUUUAAGUAUUAUUAGCUGUGACUGGUAAUGCCAUACUGGUUUAAUUGUUCUGUCUGGUUGCUGUUAAAUUGAACUCUGUUGUCUUCUUUGAAAAGCAUGUAGCGUGCACACACGUUCUUUUUGAUUAAUUAGGCUUUUACAUCUGUCAUCUCCAAUUCUUUUUUUUUUUUUUUUUUUUUUUAUCUUUUGCAAUAGCAUUAAAGGUGACAAGUCCAGUACGAACAGAUUUUGUUACCCUAACAAUUACGAAAAUCCUUUGUAUAAUUUAAGAAAUAUGUCACCAUAGGUACAAUUUAAAAUGCUUUUAUGUUUUUAUCUGGACAAUAAGAUGUUUUGGAGCUAUGAGACUGCAGCGUUUUAAGACUAUAAGCUGAAACCAAUGGUAUCCCUGAGUCAGCCUGUAUUUUAAUUUACAUUUCUGUUCAAGCACUGUGAGACCAUGGCUACUACAAGAUGUAUGAAACUGUAAGUGUUAUAUAGCUAUACAGGUUAAUCCAAGAACUCACACAUUUUAAUUUAUUUUAUUCUUCUCAGUCUGUUUUUUUUCUCAACCUAUUUUUAUACGUGUAUAAAAUAGAGUAAUAUAGUUGUUUCCUCUAUCCAUGCAUGUACCAUCUGAUGAGGUGUUGUUUCAUCAGUGAAAUGUUCAUGACCGUCCUGCUACGAUUCAUUCAAGUCCCAUAUUUCACACACAUGCAUAAUUGCACUGCAUUUUAAUAAUGGCAUAAAUUCUGUCUGGUUUAGAAGUGAAGAAAGGCUACAACAAAGUGUGUUCCUCUGACUUCCAGGUACCACUAGAAGUCAGCAACAGCUUUGGUUUUACAAUGGACAGGCUUUCAUCAGUAUUAUGGGUUCAGAUGUUGGGACACAUGGUAUUUACAAGAGCCGAGUCCAGUUCAGUCAAGACAGUGCAGACAGUUCAGAAUGGGAUUGCCUGAGUCAUCAUCAUGGCGACAUGCAAACUUUUAACUAUUCCCUGAGGGUGAUUUUAAAUUUGAAUGUUUGUACCCCAGUUAUUGAUAACUGAGUUCAGGUCAAAUGUUAUUGAACAAUAUCUUUUCACAUUAGGGUCGAACAAUUGGCACGCUGCCCACAACGUCUGGCCUUUCUAGCCUAAUCUGACCUGACUUUUCCAAAGACAUUUUAGCAUGAGAAUUAAGUUUUUUCAGUUUUUUAAACAAGAUUCUUAUGAAUGUAAUGUAAUAGAAAGGUACAAUAAGAGGAAUGAAUUGAAAAAAGCAAUGACAAAAGCAAAGAUAUUAUCUCUGUGCCUGAAUUAAACCUAUAGUGUGAACAUGGGUUAUGGACCACAAACCCCUUUCAUACAAAAUAUCCCUGAAGUGUUUGAUUUCAACAGAGCAAAAAUAAUAUUACUGCUUAGAUGUUUCUUAAAACCCAGCAUUCAGUUCUUAAAAUUGUUGAUGUUAAUUUUUUUUAUUUUUUUGGCCGUCAUCCUGUCUAAAACUUAUAUUAUCAACCUGUAAUUUCCGUAUUUAAAUUGCUAGCAUAAAUAUAUAUUAUAUCAGAGUUGCCAAAUGCCAGUAUAUCCUAUGAAUAAGAAGUUUAUAGUUUGUGAGGGUUUGAAAGUACAGUUGAACCUGGUUUCUAGUUUAGUUUUUAGCACCGAGGAGAGUUGACCUCUCUGUCUGCCCCUGUACAGUUCAACAUGAUAUGAUGCAGUUUGUUUCAGGAAGUAAAAAGGUUGUUAUUUUUGUGUAAUGACAGCUUUAGCAAUAUAAUAAAAAUAUAAAUUUUGA